AUGGGUCUCCCCGAUCCUAAACCAAAACACUGUUACACUAUAGUGGAUCUAAACUGGUGUUGGGGUGAACAUGGUGAUCCUGGAGAAAAAGGCCACUCGGGACCAUCUGGAGCAAGAGGCUUGCCUGGACUCGAUGGUAAAGAUGACUAUGGAAUACGAGGAAAGAAAGGAGCGAAGGGACAACCCGGAUUCCCUGGAUUCCCUGGAUUCGAGGGAGAAGAGGGUGAUCUAGGCAUUCCAGGAGAUAAAGGCAUCAAAGGAAUUAGAGGACAGGCCCAAGGUGGCAUGCCAGGAUCAUUGGGCAAUCCAGGAAACAGAGGACCACCUGGGAGAAUGGGUCAAAAAGGACCAAGAAGCCUGGUAACUAUGGCGCCUUGUGAACUUGUUUCCCUUGCUAGAAGAAACUGCCGUAAGUACUGGGCAGCUUUGAGGGAUUAG